AUGGAUACCUCAAAUGGCAACACUCCUUUACCGGAGGAUAUUAACAAACCUCCCGAAGGUUUGGUGCUGCCGCCAAAAGACAUAAGAGCGAUUGUUGAGAAGACUGCUGGCUACGUUUCUCGAAAUGGGUCAGUCUUUGAAGAUCGUGUCCGCGAGAAAGAAAAGAGCAAUCCCAAAUUUUCCUUCUUAAAUGCCGGCGAUGCGUAUGCGCCUUUCUACCAGUGGCGUUUGACCGAAAUCGGCGAAGGUCGAGGUACUGCGGUCUCUGCUGGACGACCAGGCGAAACUGCCCCUGCCACCGAACCUGAAAAGCCUACAGGCCCCCCCGAACCUCCCGCCUUCUACUUCUCUGCUCGCAUGCCAAUAAGUCAUUCGCAAGAUCUGGAAGUUGUCAAGCUCACAGCUCUUUUUGUCGCGAAGCGAGGAAAGUCAUUUGUCACGGCGCUCUCACAGCGAGAGGCUCGCAAUCCUCAAUUUGAAUUCCUCCGACCUGGCAAUAGUCUUCACCAGUAUUUUACUCGGCUUAUUGACCAGUACACAAUAUUAUUGCGGGCGGAAGGUAUCGAUGACGCCACCACAUUAGAGAAACGAGUUGCGGAGCUGGAAAUUAAUGCGAAGAGCAAAUAUCGCAUUCUAGAGCGUGCUAAGCAGCGUGCCGAGUGGGUUAAACACCAAGAGGAACAGAAGCAAGCAAAGGAAGACCAGGACGAGCAGGAAAGAAUUGAGUACGCGCAGAUUGAUUGGCAUGACUUCGUGGUCGUGGAAACUGUGAUGUUCACCGAGAGUGAUGAACAUGAAGAUUUACCACCCCCAACGUCGCUUAACGACCUACAAUCCGCAUCGCUCGAACAAAAAGCCGCCAUGUCUCUCAACCCACUACGCAUUGAAGAGGCCAUGCCCACCGAUCUCGAUAAUCCCGUCUUCUAUAACGCUUAUCCUAUCCAACCCGAAGGAGUUCCUGUACCACAGCCUGCUGUUGCCCAACAUAAUCCUCCACCUCCAGCCUCAUAUUUGCCAUUCACACCAGACCAUAAUACACAACACCCGCCUCCUGCAUUUGGUCAAGGCCAACCAAGUCGCACUGACUCGCCUGCCUCCGCGUUCCCAGGUCAACCCCCAAUGCGCAUCCGUUCCGACUACGUCCCGCGGGCUCAGGCCCGUCGUCAGCAAGGCGCGACCGCCAUCUGCCCGAAUUGUCGCCAACAAGUUCCUGUCGCAGAGCUGGAUGAGCAUGUGCGCAUCGAGCUACUAGACCCGCGCUGGAAAGAGCAGCGCGCGAAAGCUGAUGCCCGUAGCGCUACAACCAAUCUUUCUACCGUCGACGUCGUUAACAAUCUCAAGCGUCUAGCCAGCCAGCGUAGUGACGUUUUCGACUCCUCACUUGCACCGGGUAUCGACCCCGAGGAAGAGAUGCGCCGGAAGCGUAUGGCCAUGGGAGCUAGUCCGUCGGAUGGCUCACUACCUCCUGGCCUCCCAGCGGCCCCGGGUCCUGCAGUCGGCCCUCCAGGCGUGCAAAAUCCCCAAACUAUGAAUAUCGAAGACCAGAUACGGCAUAUACAUCAACGAGCACGACAAUGA